AUGGACAAUGUGCUACAAUUACGAAUAUUAAAUGAAGAUACGCGGAGUUUGCUUACCCCUGUAUCAUUAAAGAGUCUUGUGAUCAAUGUGGACAGACAUUCUUUAGUCUUACAGACACUUUCCGAAAAAAAUUCAGGUGAUUUAUAUUCUUAUGUUUUAAAAUAUUUUAUUUACUGAGUAAAUAUUGCAGAAAUCCCUGUUUAUGUAUAUCCGGAGAUGGAUUUAUUCAAUCUGGUGGAAUUGAAAUAAGGGGACUACAUGUAAAUGCUAUUCCUAAAAGAAAACCAUUAGAUAAUCCGGUUGUUGAAAAAUAUAUGUUUAUACCAUAUACUAUUGACAUGGUGAAAAAAAAUAAAAAAUUAUUUAUAUUGUAGUGCACAACUAUACAAAUAUAUAUUUUCCAGGGAUAUACUCUCGAAGAUAUAGUGCGCAUUUGUUUGCAUAUAGCUAUUGAAAAUAACAUGGCCAUUAAAAUCAAAACUCUAGAAAUUUUAAACCAAACAAUUAAGCCUGAUGAACGAAUUAUUAGUCCCAUGAUCCUUGAUAUCAUAACUGAUUUACCACUUGUACAAGUACGAUAGCAAAAAUGUCAAUUCUUUUGUAAAAAUUUUAUUUCUCAAUACAUAUUGUACGUUUUCAUCUUAAUUUCUAUAUUUGUUAAUAAUUAGGCCGAGGUGUGUAUUCUGUCUAAUAAAAAUCAUCCUCAACUAAAAGAAGUGUCAAAUAAUAUAACAGUGAAAAACGGAAAAUUGCCUACAGACCAAUCGGUAUUAUUUAAUGUCGGAUCAAAGCUAUUAGAAGAUGCUGAAGUACUAGAAAAUGUAUUUGAUUCGUUAAAACCGGAAGGAUUUUUAUUGACAAGAGAACAAUUAAAUUUCGAACCAUCAUUGAACCUUGUAGAAGUUUGUUUUGAUGUGUUAUUUAAAGAGGAACGAUUGAUGCUUGUGAGAAAGGUAUAAUCAAAAGUCAAACGAUCAUACUAUAUAAAAUAUAAUUAAAUUCAUAACUAAUUUAGCCUAUAAAGCAAAACGAAGUUCCAAUUGUUAUUAAAAUCUCGAGUAAGGAGUUUUCAUGGUUGCCUGUUUUACAAAAAACAUUAUCCGAUGAUGCUUCCAUUAAACAAAAGGUUAUUCUCGUUGCUGAAAAAGAUCCUACAAACGGAAUUAUGGGGCUAUUUAAUUGUGUCAGAAAAGAAACUGGUGGUGAUAGAACCAGGUAUGUAUAAAAUAUUGAUAUACAUGUGAAAUUUUAUAAAAACGACAAACGUACACUUGGAUAGAUUUAGAAAUACAUUAUUGUUCAUCNAUUUAAAACGGUUUAUUACAUUAAACAAUAACGAUACAACUAUAUACUAAUAUGACUAUACAAUAAUUGAAAUUAAUACUUUAAUGUUUUUUAUCAUCGAUAUAGUAACUUGAUUAUUUAUUUAGUGUAUUAUUUUUUUAGGUUUUAAAAGAUGCUUUAUUUGAAAAUCAAACAGUUGAAGACUUUAUAGUAUCAUGUCGACCAAAAGCUAUUGCUACAUCGUUACUAGACAAAUAUUCUAGGAUAAUGUGUCCAGAUUUAAAACAUUUUGUAAUAUUUUCAAGUGUAACGUGUAGUCGUGGGAACAUUGGUCAAACUAAUUAUGGUUUGUCAAAUUCAGUGAUGGAGAGAAUAUGUGAAAUUCGGAGAUCAGAAGGUUUACCAGCAUUGGCUAUUGAAUGGGGUGCUAUUGGUGAUGUAGGCCUUGCAACCAGCAUGGCUGAAGGCAACAAAGAAGUGGUCGUUUCUGGUACUAAACAACAAAACAUAGCCAAUAGUUUAGAAAUAAUGGACCAUUUAUUAAUUCAGAAAAACUAUCCAAUAGUCACUAGCAUUGUGGUUGCUGAAAAAAGUGCUAAAAAAUGUAGUAAUGCUCUUGUUGAUACUGUUAUUGACAUAUUAGGGCAUAAAGAUUUCAAAAAUAUUAGUUUACAUUCAACAUUAGCAGAAUUAGGUAUAGAUUCAAUGAUGACUGUAGAAAUUAAACACUUAUUAGAAGUACAAUUAGAAGUAUUCUUAAUGCCCAAAGACAUAAGAGGAAUAACAUUUACGAAAUUGCAAGAGUUUGAUGCUUUAGAUUAUAAAGAAAAGCAAUGUCAAUUAAAUAAAUUUACGACAGUUAAUGAAUCGAUAGAAUUAGAAUUGUUACCCUCGUAUUACUCAGUUGUACGAAUACCAUCGUUAUAUGAUGACGGUUCUACGGAAGAACAACUCCUAGUAAAUCAUCCUACAUUGUUUGUUAUACCAGGUCUUGAAGGUAUUGAUUCAAUUAUAGAAAAGUUAUCAGAAAAUGCAUUCAUACAGGUCUUAUGUUUACUAUAUGACAUUACUGGUGUAGCAUCUAUUGAAAAAUUAGCCCAUUAUCAUUAUCAAGUAUGUAUGCUCUAA